CAGAACAGCAUCCCUGCUGGGUGGAUCCUGCAACUCCUAGAGGGAAUGGCACUUCUUGUUUUUAAUUAGCAAGGUGAAAGGUGAAUUAAAACUAGCUGUUUUGCAAGUCAGUGCAAGAGACUGACUCUGGAGAGGCUUCAGGGAGCCAGAAGAGAAGAGCUCCACGGGGAAAGCAGUGCGUGUGCUCCGGGGUUUUUUUCUGAAUGAAGCGCUUGCAGAAGUGACUAAAAAAAAAAAAAAAAAAAUACAGUUUCCUCCUGAGUCUACUGGCAUAGUUGCUGAAGAGAGCUCUGGACUGGACAUGGCUCUGAAGGCUCACUCCUUGGAAUGUCCUCUUGCUCCCGGCUUAUAAACAACUGUCUUCAGGGAAGAAAGGUUUUACAUAUCCAAAUACAGCCUGACAAAUGGCACUUUGGGACUGUGCUUUCUGAUGACAACGCGUUCGAUUUCUGACAAAGCCUCUCACGCGCUGCCCCUGGAGGGGAGUCCUAAGUAAAACUCAGACCCGCCUUAAAGUGAGGAUCGGAGGGGUGCCCAGUGUGCACGGCAGCAUGGCAUCAGCUGCGAACCUUGUCACUCGGCUCCUGUGGGCUUACUUACUGGAGCUUUGGAUAGGAGGGCACACGGCUGAUACCACUCACCCCCGCUUACGUCUGUCACAUAAAGAACUCUUGGACCUAAAUCGAACAUCAGUCUUUCAUAGCCCUUUUGGGUUUCUUGAUCUCCAUGCAAUGCUGCUGGAUGAAUAUCAGGAGAGACUCUUUGUGGGAGGCAAGGAUCUUGUGUAUUCUCUCAGCUUGGAACAAAUCGGCAGUGGCUAUCGAGAGAUACACUGGCCUAGUACAGCACUAAAAAUAGAAGAAUGCAUAAUGAAAGGAAAAGAUGAGAGUGAAUGUGCAAAUUAUGUUCGCGUUUUGCAUCACUAUAAUAGGACGCACCUUCUGACCUGUGGUACUGGAGCUUUUGACCCACUUUGUGCCUUCAUCAGGGUUGGAUACCAUUUGGAAGGCCCCCUGUUUCAUCUGGAACUGCACAGGUCCGAAAGAGGAAGGGGCAGAUGUCCUUCUGAUGCCAGCUCCUCCUUCACCUCCACCUUAGUUGGUAAUGAAUUGUUUGCUGGACUUUAUAGUGAUUACUGGGGCAGAGACGCUGCGAUCUUCCGGACAAUGGGGCGACUGGCCCAUAUUCGCACCGAGCAUGACGACGAGCGCCUGUUGAAAGAGCCAAAAUUUGUAGGUUCGUACAUGAUUCCUGACAAUGAAGACCGAGAUGACAACAAAGUGUAUUUCUUUUUUACCGAGAAGGCCCUGGAGGCCGAGAACAGCGCGCAGGCCAUUUACGCCCGAGUGGGGCGACUCUGUGUGAAUGAUGUGGGAGGCCAGAGGAUACUGGUGCAUAAGUGGAGCACUUUCCUAAAAGCCAGACUGGUCUGCUCAGUACCAGGCAAUGGAAUUGACACCUAUUUUGAUGAAUAGGAUAUUUUCUUGCUGCACACCAGAGAUCAUAAGUACCCAGUGAUAUUUGGACUCUUUAAUUUUUCCAGUAAUAUAUUUAGAGGGCAUGCAAUAUGUGUCAAUCAUAUGUCUAGCAUCCGGGCAGCCUUUAAUGGACCAUAUGCACAUAAGGAAGGACCUGAAUACCACUGGUCACUCUAUGAAGGAAGAGUCCCUUAUCCAAGGCCUGGUUCCUGUGCCAGCAAAGUGAACGGCGGGAGAUACGGAACCACCAAAGACUAUCCCGAUGAUGCCAUCCGAUUUGCAAGAAGCCAUCCACUUAUGUACCAGCCCGUAAACCUGGCCCAUAAAAAACCAAUCCUGGUAAAAACAGAUGGAAGAUAUAACCUGAAACAAAUAGCAGUAGAUCGAGUGGAAGCUGAGGAUGGCCAAUACGAUGUCUUGUUCAUUGGUACAGAUAAUGGAAUUGUACUGAAAGUAAUCACGAUUUACCAAGAAACAGAAUCAAUGGAAGAAGUAAUUCUAGAAGAACUUCAGAUAUUCAAGGAUCCAGUUCCUAUUAUUUCUAUGGAGAUUUCUUCAAAGAGACAACAGCUGUAUGUUGGAUCCGCUUCUGCCGUGGCCCAAGUCCGAUUCCAUCAGUGUGACAUGUACGGAAGUGCUUGUGCUGAUUGCUGCCUGGCUCGCGACCCUUACUGUGCCUGGGAUGGCAUAGCCUGUUCCCGGUAUUACCCAACAGGCACCCAUGCAAAGAGGCGAUUCCGCAGACAAGAUGUUCGGCACGGAAACGCCGCUCAGCAAUGCUUUGGACAGCAGUUUGUCGGGGAUGCUUUGGAUAAGACUGAAGAGCGACUGGCGUAUGGCAUAGAGAACAACAGUACUUUGCUGGAAUGUACCCCACGAUCUUUGCAAGCAAAAGUUAUCUGGUUUGUACAGAAAGGACGUGACACAAGAAAAGAGGAGGUGAAGAUGGAUGACAGAGUGGUUAAGAUGGACCUCGGUUUACUCUUCCUCAGGGUACGCAAAACGGAUGCUGGGACCUAUUUUUGCCAGACAGUAGAGCACGGUUUUGUCCAUACCGUCCGUAAAAUUACCCUGGAGGUGGUGGAAGAGGAGAGAGUGGAGGAAAUGUUUCACAAAGACUUUGAAGAGGACGGGCCUCACAAGAUGCCCUGUCCUGCCCAGAGCAGUGUCCCACACGGGGCAAAACCCUGGUACAAGGAAUUCUUGCAGCUGAUUGGUUAUAGCAACUUCCAGAGGGUGGAGGAAUACUGUGAAAAGGUCUGGUGCACAGAUAAGAAGAGGAAAAAGCUCAAAAUGUCGCCUUCCAAGUGGAAAUAUGCCAACCCACAGGAAAAGAAGCUGCGUCCCAAAGCGGAGCACUACCGCCUGCCCAGGCACACACUGGACUCCUGAUGGGGCGAAACGGUCUACUGGCUUCUGGAGAAUUUCUGUUUGGAACUGAAAACAAAUAACAACAACAAUGAAGAGAAGCCAUUUAACUUCUUUGUACUGCUUAAAAGAGUUCUGUAACACAGAAAUGACUGUGAAGGUAUUACGAUAAAUUAUUCUACCUACUCAUCUGACUGGUUAAAAAUCUCAUAAAAUUAACUAAUUUUCUAAACAAGUAUAUUCCUCAGUGGCUUCCGACUAUAUUUACCAAAAAGUGACCAUAGCUGUAGUUUUGAAUACUUGGCUGCUUUUCCUUGGCAAAAUUAUUUCUUACCCUUGGAAAACUUAGGAUUAUUGGAGUAUUGAUGAAAAAGCAGAGAUUCUAAUAAGCAUGGAAAAAAAUUAAAUAUAUAUUUUAAUCUUUCCGAAUUCUACCCUUCCGCCACAAUGUAAAAUAUACAGAACAUCAAAUACUUUAAUGUUCUCAUAUGAACUGUCUUUGCGUUCCAAGAAUUCUCAUGUUAGUGUCUAAGCUCUGUGUUUUAUGAAGCAGGUGUGUUGUAAUUGUAAACCAUGAAAGAAAAACUGUGGUCACCUUGAGGCUCAUGCCCUUCAUAAAACAUUCAUUCAACCCCGUUCACUAUAGUUAUGUUUCAUGAUGAAAACACGUCCUUUCAAUUUCACUCCACUGAAUAAAGAAUGAAGUUAAGGUAACUUAUUAAAAAAAAAAAAACAACCAAAAAAGAUGUAGUUAGAAGUCUAACUGAAAAAGUUUUUGCUGCCCUCUUGUGGUACAAAAAGUAUAUUCUCCUUUUUCUCUUUUUACAAAGAUUGUCUAGUAAAGAUUUGAACAGUUUCUGUUAAUACAUCUUGUCCAUUUUCAGAAAAAAAAACCUUAAAAAUGUCUUAACGCUUAUGUCAUGCUUUAAGAUGGAGAUAAUGUGUUUAUGAAUAAUUUAUUACCUCACAAGCCAAAAAUGAAGAUAUUACAGCACCCAAGCUCUAUUAAAACUUAAAUUAAUUUCUUCCCUGACAUAUAAAAGAUACUCCAGGAACAUUCGUUUAUAAUUUUAAAAAUGUUAAAGCAGUUUGCUCUCAGAUGUCAAAUUUUCCCAUUUUAUGUUAAAUAAGAAGUAUGUUUCAUGAGUUCACUUAACUAUCGUGUCUAGAGCACUUUUCCCUUUCUAAAUAGCAUCAAAAGUUUUUAUUUUUGAGAACACUUAUUUCUUGAAGUCUUUCCUUCUCCGUUUUAUUUAGCAAUUACCUUUCUAAAAUAUGAAGUUUUGUUGAUACUUUUCAUGUAAAUAAAAACUAAAAGCAAGUGAAUUUUACACAUGAAAACAAUUAUGAAUAGUUAUUUAAAUGUUAACUUUAAAUAUUUCAGUUUUCAAAAUUGGCUUAUAGGGUAUAUAAUUCAGAAAGUUCAGGUGUUGAUAACUUAAAAUGGCUUGCAAUUUCAUUUGAAAAUUAAGAAAUACGUAAAUGUUUUUAAAAAGUUUAAAAGUUCAUUGUUAGCCACCAAGCUCCAAAAGGUCUAAAGGGUAGAAGUAUUUUGAAAAUUAACGUUCUCUGUAAAACCCAGUUGCUGUUUGCCCAUGAAUCCACUGGAGGUCAUUGCUGCCCACCAAUAUUAACUGAAAACAGCAUAUAUAUCAGUAAAAUCCUGCCCAGUGUGGAGAAAUAGAACCAUAACCACGGAUCACAGGGUCUUUAGCAAAGCUUAUGUCUGAAACACUCAUAGCGAACAGAUAAGUCAAUAAAGCACAAUUUCUUGAAAAUAUUCUGCCAUUAAACAAGAAGAGGGAAAGUGAGAUUUUUCUCUUGUAUUCAGAUUUUUUUUAAGUAAGGCAGAUAGCACAUACGUUGUUGCCAUUUUAAUCCUGAUAACAUACACAAGCAGUUGAUAACAAUGAUAACAGUGAUGUCAAUUGUGAACUCAAAUAUUGUCUAACUGAAGAGAUAAGACCGAGGAGAAUAACUUUUCUAUGAUAUAAGCCUUAGGAAUUAAAGAUACCUUGAAGCUGUUCAAGUAAACUGAGAUGACUAGUAAGAGGGGGAGAUUUUUAAAAUGCUAAUUUGAGAGAAGCCUGAUAAAAGUCCACAAUUUAGAGAGAGCACUAAAUUUUCAAAUAUAUAUAUAUAUAUGAACACUUUUUCCCAUUUGCUCAUUCUCUCCCCCUUCCCUCAAACAUGCGUGCAGGUGCAAUGCACAUGCGCACACACAUCACGACGUUCUUUAAGAUAAACUGCAUUGUCCCUUCAAAAGACAAACCAACAAAAAACCUAUGUUGCUCUGUCCUUGAGAAUCUGAAACAUACUACCAAACAUAUUCCCCAUCUUUUGUUCUGUCAGAAUUCAAAUUCAGGAUCUCCUUUGAGAAAUGUCCGGGCUUAGAAAAUCACAAAUGGAUUGACCAGAUUUAUCUUCUUUUUCUCGAACUCAGGAAGGACACAAGCUUAGCUACCUUCAAGACAGGGAGGAAUUAAGAGUCUGCCCUGAUCCACCACAUUUUCCCCAGUCAUAGAUAGACCUGGGGAAGAGAAAUCGUGCCCUCUAGGAACAAAUAUUAAGCUGAGAAAGAACCAUAACACCCAUCCUAGAAUCAAAGAGGCACCUCCGUAUAGGAUCAGUCUCCUGCUUCUUCAGACCCCCGCUCUGUUUGUCCUCUGUGAAGGAAGAGGUCCUGGGAAUAGAAUGAGCCUUGAUAUAAAACGGUGUACGUUUCCUCUUUCAGUUUUCAUCCCCCCUCCUGAGCUAGAGAUGUAGAUUUGUUAGCAAGGACGUCACCUUGCUAGCCUUGAAGAGGUUUUGCUUCAGGAAUCGUAAGGUCUCUUCAUGUCUAACAUUCUACAUUGCUAUUUUUUUCUUUGUGUUUAUUGCUGAAUAUUUCAGUGCAAAGCUAUUAACUUGGAGAAACAGGGAUUAAAGUGGAAAGCAACACUAAGAAGAGCUCUAGGAAAAAAAAAAGGGAACAGAAAGUCUUUGCCUGUUUAGUAAACAGCAGUUCUGUAUAUGCUUUAGAGUUUUUUUCUUUCCCCAAAUUAGUUACACACUUAGGAUGUUUUUAUGGAGUGUUUAAUAUUUGCUAUAGGGUGUAGGUCUUUGUAAAUCUUCAGAGCGACUCUGAACAUUUGUAAAAUUUGUAAAAUACAAUAAUAAUUCUGAGUGUUGUUGUUAAGCAUGAAACAAACACAGCAACUGUUGUCCUUAAAAAUGAGUGUCUUUAGCCUGCCAGAUACAUUAAGAAAACCACUUGGGAUUGGGUAGAUAUUUGAGCUUCCAGGAGAAAGUGCCGCAGCGAUGCCGACAGUAAGGAGCCCGUGUUCUUGUUCUUACAACAGAGUAUCGCAUCCAAGUUACUUAUUUCAAGAGCAGUGCUCAUUUUUCAGGCCAACAACUGUUGCCUUUGACUCAGUUAUAAAUAAUAGACUUUCCAUGAGCACUGUUUUGAUUGUAGUGUGUUAUUUAAGCUGGUAUGUUUAUUUUUUCUUGGGAAGAGAGCGUUAUACUUUGGCUUUCGUUACAAUUGGAUGUGUUCUGUUUGUGUUUAAAUGGCUUAGUUAUAAGCUAGAGAACUAUAUGGGGGGGGGUGCGGUUCUUGCCUCUCUGGCUCCCUUUUAUUUGCCCGGGUCCAAAACAGCAUGUGCUUUCUUACUUCUUGUCACCGAUUAUAAGCCUUGAGACUUACCAUCUAGUGGUAAGGUCCAAAGACCGUUGACAGUGCGUCUCUCUAUCAUAUGGAUCUGCCACUCAGCACUGCAUCCUUUGCCUGUACCGUUAUGUACAAUUUCUAUUUAGUUCAACUUAGAUGCUAAAGAAAUAAAUAUUUGCUA